CUUCUGAGUCGAUCUUUGCUUUAGUUUGAAUACCAAAAAACUAUUGACGCCAAUAUAAAUGAAAGAGCUUUAAAGCCUGAUUUGUAUUUUUUUUCUCUCCAUGUAAGCAAGUCCUUUCUUUAUUCAAAAUGGCUCCUCCCACCUCGCUGUGGUCCAGUCACGCAGCUUUGAUCUAUCCCCUGAUUGGUCCAUUUCCAAGAAUCCGCCAUAUUCAAACUUCCGCUGUUAUGAGCGUGAGUUCUGUUGUCAUUAAUCUGCUGCUUCGUCUUUGUACAAUUCGAGGCCCGUUUUCUUUUCCUUUCGGCUGGAGGUUGGUCUUUUCACGCUAUUAACUGCACGGCGAGCUCAAAAGGAACAUUUAAACUGGGUUCUUGUAAAAAAAAAUGGAAGAAAAUGAGUGUGGAGCCGCGGUGGAAAAUAAAAAGCAGAAGGUUCGCCGGACGUCAUCGAGGACGUCCAUUUGCAGUAGCCUCAGCGUUGCAGAGGCUUCUCCAAGAACACUGCGGAGAUGUAACUCCAAAAAACCUCCUCUUCAGAGAGGCAGCUCCUUCACAUUUCUAACACCUGGGACUCCAUGGGACUUCAGUCUAAAAAGGAAGCGCAAAGAGAAGGACGACGAUACUGUCAGUCUGUCAAGUUUCGACCUGAAGGAACCCAGUAACAAACGUGUUCGACCUUUGUCCAAAGUCUCAUCUCUGGUCAACCUGAUGUCUCCUUCGAAAAAUGGGGCAGUAAGACGUUUUGGUCAGACGCUUCAGUCAAUGUCACUGCGCAGUGACAACAAAUCACCGGCGAUGUCCCUCAAAACUGGAAGCAAAUUGACAGGUCCCACUCCAACCAAACGGAGAAACAGCACGCUGUGGUCUGAGACUCUGGAUGUCCACCAGAAAAGCACUUUCUCCACCAAAGAGAUCAAAAGACAGGAGGCAAUUUAUGAGCUUUUCAGGGGAGAACAGGAUCUCAUUGAAGACCUCCAACUAGCACGAAAGGCGUAUCAUGAUCCAAUGCUAAAGCUCUCCAUCAUGACAGAGGAGGAACUCGCUCACAUAUUUGGAGACCUGGACGCAUACAUCCCUUUACAUGAGGAGCUGCUGAUGAAACUGACGGAGGGAACGAGUCCUGAUGGAACUGUUGCUCAAAUUGGACAGAUUGUUAUUAAUUGGCUGCCUGGUCUGAAUGCUUACAAAAACUACUGCAGUAACCAGCUCGCAGCUAAAGCCCUGUUGGACCAGAAAAAGCAGGACCGGCGGGUCCAGGACUUCCUGCAGCGCUGUCUGGAGUCACCGUUUAGCAGAAAACUUGACCUCUGGAGCUUCCUUGACAUUCCACGUUCCCGUCUGGUGAAAUACCCACUGCUGCUGCGUGAGAUCCUGAAACACACUCCCGCUGAUCACCCGGAUGUCACCAGUCUGGAGAAAGCUGUUGUCAUAAUCCAGGGAAUUCUGUCUGAUAUAAAUGUGAGGAAAGGAGAGUCUGAGUGUCAGUAUUACAUAAACAAACUGGAGUACCUGGAUGAAAAGCAACGAGACCCUCUCAUAGACAACUGUAAAACCCUGCUGUGUCAUGGAGAGCUGAGGAACAAGAGCGGCUCGAGGCUGUAUGUGUUCCUUUUCUCAGAGCUGCUGGUUCUGAGCCGACCUGUGACACGUAAUGAAAGGAGCUGCUUCCAGGUCUACCGACAGCCCAUCCCAGUUCGGGACUUGGCUCUGGAGGACUUGCAGGACGGAGAGAUCCGCAUGGGCGGCUCCUUUCGAGGGGCUUUCACCAAUGCAGAGAAGGUAAAGAACAUUUUUCGUGUAAGUUCUCUGGAUCCUUCCCAUGGUCAGUGCCACACCUUGCAAGGCAACGAUGUCUACCACAAACAGCAAUGGCUUAACUGUAUACGCAGUGCCAUGGCCCAGAAACAGGCGGCCGAAACAAAAGUCCAGCAAGAAAAACCCAUCAAGGUCAAGCGACGCUCCGCUGCUGCCUCGGGAGUCAUCCACGACAAGGAGACGGACGAGAACCAUCCACCUGCCUCUGGUCCAAAGCUCAGGCCGCAGACGCUCUCCAAAAGCAAACUGGACCAGACGUUACAAGGCACGGCGAAGAAGAGGAAGGAGAGUGCAGUGUAGAUGUUCAACCUGAUGGAUCAAAAGGUGUUUUUAUUUCACAUUUACUCAACAUUGUUAAAUGUCUUUUCUAUGUGUUUUGUUAUCGUUUAACCCGUGCACUGAAAAACUUGCAUUUCUGAUUGAGCCCGUCCAAAUGUAAAUAGGAAAAAAAAAAAAAAAGAAGUCAUGUCUUGCAUUAGUGUUAUUAGUUAACAACAAGCGAUCCAUGCCAGUGUGGCUGAAAGUAAGGUUUACACAGAAAAAUGUUUUGUUUGUGUGUUUGUUAACCCUUGAGAAAACCACUUGUAGCUCUUAUGAUGUUAUGAAUCCCAGUGUUGGCACGUUGUAUCUGCGAUCUGAUAGUUAAAGCAUUCACAGUGUGGGCUGCACGUGUGUUGUCUUUGUGAGUGUGCAGGACCAAGACGCAGAUAUCAACCAAUGUCCUCAGCUUGAGGAAAAAUCUCAAGCAAUAAUAAUUAAAAUUAAAAUGAAUAAUUAGAACAAUAACUUUGUCAAGGUUAAGAAUCUAGACACAUUAACUGGGAAAUAAUCCAAAAAAAAAAAAUAAACAAUUUGUACAAACUGAA